CUCCCUCCCUUCACACAGCACAACCCCUAAAAAAGACAGAUAGUGAGGGUCAGGCCGAGUCAGGGACUGCGAGAGAUAACCACUGCUGGUGUCAGGAUGCCUGCGUACUCCACCAACAUGAGGAUGAAGUUCCCCAUCAUCGCCUUGGUUUUGGAGAUUAUCACCAUCAUCCUGUUUGCAGUGUUUGUGGUCUAUGAUGAUGGGAAAAGUCAUGACCAGCAUGACACACCCUCCAACAACAGUGGCCAUGACGAGCUGAUGCCCAUGGAUCUCUACCCCAUGUUUCAGGACGUCCAUGUCAUGAUCUUCAUCGGCUUCGGGUUCCUGAUGACAUUCCUGAAGAGAUACGGCUUCAGCAGCGUGGGCAUCAACUUACUGCUGGCUGCCUUCGGCCUGCAGUGGGGCCUCCUCACGCAGGGCAUCUGGCACCUGACCGACGGCAAAAUCAAAAUCAGCAUCUUUAAAAUAAUCAACGCAGACUUCAGCACAGCUACAGUUCUGAUCUCCUUCGGAGCUGUUCUGGGUAAAACCAGCCCUGUGCAGCUCCUCAUCAUGACCAUACUGGAGAUCACCAUCUUCUCGAUCAACGAACAUCUAGUGGCAGAAGUGCUCGGAGCUAGUGAUGUUGGAGCAUCCAUGAUCAUCCACGCUUAUGGAGCCUACUUUGGCCUGGCAGUGGCUCGAGUCCUUUACCGACCUGGUCUGAGAAACGGACAUGAUAACGAGGGAUCCGUUUAUCACUCUGAUAUGUUUGCUAUGAUUGGAACCGUCUUCCUCUGGAUGUUCUGGCCCAGUUUUAACUCUGCCAUCGCUGAACCGGGCUACCCUCAGCUCACAGCCGUCAUCAACACAUACCUCUCCCUGGCUGCCUGUGUGCUCUCUGCAUACGCCAUCUCCAGCCUGGUGGAGCAUAAAGGAAAACUCGACAUGGUGCACAUUCAGAAUGCCACUUUGGCUGGCGGCGUUGCUGUGGGAACAUGUGCGGACAUGAACAUCGGGCCAUAUGGGGCAAUGCUGAUUGGAUUAGUGGCUGGCACGGUCUCUACCCUGGGCUUCAAGUUCCUUACUCCCAUCCUGGCAUCCCACCUGGGCAUCCAGGACACCUGCGGAGUCCACAAUCUGCACGGCAUGCCUGGGAUCCUGGGUGGAUUGGCUGGUAUUGUGGCUGUGGCUCUGGGGAAGAAAGAGGGAGGUGAUGCUGUCAUGCAAGCUGCUGCCUUGGCUUCAUCCCUAGGGUUCGCUUUGGUUGGAGGUGCAAUUACAGGUUUAAUAAUGAAGUUGCCAUUCUGGGGCCAGCCUCCAGACCAGAACUGCUACGAUGACUCUCUUUACUGGGAGGUUCCUGAGGAGGAGCAGGAGCACGAGGAGAGCUUGACUCACGCCGAUCACUCGAAGAACAAAGCAGAGGUUUAAAUAUCUGCUUUCUGUCCCCUGAGCAAGAAACUGAGAUGUGAAGGAUCAAUAAUCAGCUAGAACAUGUCAACAGAUGUCAAUUUGUCAAUGAUAUGAAUGUGAUUACAUUCAUUCAAGAAAUUUGACGAUUUGCUCAACCAAGCAACACAAGUCAAUUUCGAAACUGUUUUAUGAGCAAAGAUAUUUCCAGCAGUGUGAGCAGUGAAUAUUUUCACAUUUCUAAAAAUUGUUGACAUAAAUAUUUGGUUAAUCCCUUUGACACCAAGACAAAACAUUUGAAUAAUUUGAAACACUGAUUUUAAAACCACAGUGGGCCCAGCGUAGAUUCACUGCUGAUGCAUUUCCAUAAGCUUAUUCUUUAUUUCAUUUUUAUAUUCUCAAAAGCAUUAAAGCACGUUUUUUUAAAGAUAUUAGUAUAGUGUGUAUUUCUUUUCAUACAUUCUUUAUUUUUCCAUACACUUGGCAAAUGUAUUUCUGCUGAGGCCGGGGUCAAAAGAGAGGGGUUACACCUCUUUUGAUCCGCUGCCUCACGUCACCUCACUGGAGCCCGGUCCUUCUGCAAGGAGUCAGAGUCAGCCUGUAUGAAACCAGCAGCGGGGCUCUCACGCGGGCAGGGAUAGUCGCAUUAUAUGUUGUAACUAAUGAACUUAUCUCCCGCUGCGUACGAUCGUUUUCUAUCUAUGUGUUGGCAGCUGUACAAUUUCUUUAAUGCAUAGAGUAUGAAUGUAUUUAGCAUUAAAUUGGUUGUUACUGGGCAAGCUAAAGUUCUUUUUUUGUCUGCUUUCUAUUUACAUCCAAUGUAUUCUUUACAUGUACAUACAGUUAGCUUUUAGACGGAUUGACAUGGUCAGUUUUAUCAAAGUCCUGCAUUGUUGUGAAAGAGCAACUGGUACUGAAUAUUUUCAGAUGCCUUUAAAAUAAUUAAAAGGAACUUACAAGUAAAAAAUGUUACAUAAAAAACAAGGCGCAAAUGUGAAGAUCAAUAAACUUUUUUAAAAUGUUUGGGUGUUCAACUAUAUUCUUCUUCUGCCGUCGGAGUGCUGAAGGACAUGUUUUUGUUGUGAAAUUAAAAUAAAGAACUGCAGGGCGAGAUAAAACUGACUACACAUACAGUAUUGUUAAUCAAUAUUUUGGUUUGUCAAACGAUGUAUGAUGCCCAGAACACAGAAACACAUCACAUUUUGUAUUUUUAUACAGUGGGCCUGUGCUCUUAUUUGUAUAAUAUACUAAUACUGUUAAAAUAAAUAUGUUUUUGUACAAUA